UUUUUUAAAAGCUGAACUACACAAGUAAAUGAAUACAUGCAUGGAAUAAUUAACAAACUCCUUUUAGAAAUGUAUAACAGAUAUUAUAUUAAAUAUGAUUAAAAAAAAAUGAAUAUUCGAUUAAUAUAUUUCAAUGCUGGAUCAGAUCCAUAUCAAUCUGGGCCAAGCUUGCCGCUUAAAGGUCCAAUUCCUGAUUCAAACUUUGUCUUAUUGGGCGGCCCUUUUAUAUGGCCGUAGACUAAAAAAAAAUUAGCAAAUGAGGAUGCCCUAAUUUAAAUUACACAAAUGAACUCAAUUGAGUUAAUCAUGAGGAGAAAAUCCAAAAUUAAGAAGCAAAUAAUCUGAAGCCCUCGAGAAUAGAGCUGAGACUUGAUGGUAGAUGAUUGCAGUAGAAAAGAAGAGAAAAACAAACAAGCUAAGCAUAGAGCUCACAUGCCCACAGUUCCUCUCUCUUUCUCUCUCCUCCAUUAACCACAAUUACAGUCAUAAACUCACAGAUCCUAUAAUUAUAUGUUAGUUUGAAUGCUUGACCUUGAAGUGGUUUAAUCAUUUUUAUUAUAAAAUUGAAAUCGUAAUUGAGCUUUAAUGUAUCAUAAAUAAUUACAUAUGAUAUAAAUUAUUAAACAUAUAAUCCUAUUGCAAAACAUAAAUAAUUUAUGGAACUAGAAAUGUUAGGGUUGUCAAAAUCGGAUUUUGGGUCGAAUAUGAAUUUGACUCGACACUUUUUAACACAACUCAAAUCCGACCCGCUUUUACAAACGAGUCAAUUUUUCGGACCCAAACCCGACUUGUUUUGGGUAUGUUUUACUAAAAUAUUUUAAUUUAAUUUAAUUUAUUUAAAGCUAAAUCGAAUUACGAUAAAAUUUACUUCAAUCAAUUUAAAAUAAACUAAGCUUAAUUCAGUUUGAGCAACAUGGUUUAUUAUUUUUUGAAAAUAGUAUUUACUUAUUUCAUAACAACUUUCUAAAAUCCUCCUAAAUCAAUUAAAAAUGGGUCAAACAAGAUUGAUUUCGGAUUUCGGGGUCAACCUGAACUCAACCCGGUUUUAAAAACGAGUCGAAAUCCCAAACCCAAACUCAACCCGGUUACAAUUCGGGUCAAGUUUUCGGAUUGUGUCAAUUAUGAAGCCCAAAUGUUAAUAUCAAUUUAUUAAUUUAAUCAAUUAUUUAUAUUCUAAUGACAUUUAUAUAUUUAUUAACAUACCCUUCAUAAGUGAAUAAAAAAUGUUCAUACUGUUUCCAUAUAUAUAUAAUACUACUUCCAAAAUACACUCCAAACACUUGCCUUCUUAAAUAGCUCACCUUUGUCUCCUUUCUUGCACGUGGCAUUCCUUUCUUCUCCUCUCUUAUUAAAAACCAGCCACCCCUCACUCAGAAGCAUCAAAUUUUACUUUCUUCUGCUGUGUUCAACACUGAGAAGAGAUAAAAAAUGGCAUUGGAAGCCGUGGUCUUCCCACAUAAUCUCCUAGGCUGCAAUCUAAAGGACUUAUAUGAAGAAGAGCAGGCGUUCUAUGGGAAUUGGGACGUUUCUUACAGUUCUAUGAAGCAGGGAUUUGAGGAAUGGAAUACACAUUCUUUGAAUUUAUCGCCACCGACGCAUGAAAUUGAAUGUGCAGUGGAGGUGGCGGCUGCCGGAAAAAAGGAUGAGUUGGUGGCCGGAGUUGAAGAAGAAGAAGGGAGUGGAAGAAAGAAGAGGAGAAGGAGCAAGGCCAUGAAGAAUAAGGAGGAAGUAGAGAGCCAGAGAAUGACCCACAUUGCCGUGGAAAGAAACCGGCGCAAGCAGAUGAAUUACUAUCUUGCUCUGUUGCGAUCUCUCAUGCCUUCUUCCUAUGUCCAAAGGGGUGAUCAAGCUUCCAUCAUAAGCGGUGCUAUAAACUUUGUGAAAGAGCUAGAACAGUUCCUCCAGUUCCUGGAAGUCCAAAAACAGCUCAAGCAACAAAUAAAAUCAGAAGAACAAACCUUCUCUUCCAAAACCAAUCCACUGGCUUGUUUCUUAACCUCUCCCCAGUAUUCUUCGCCGCCAUCGAUAGCCAACAUCGAAGUUGGAAUUGUGGAGAGCCAUGCCAACCUCAAGAUGCUAUCAUGCCGGCGGCCGAAGCAACUCCUGAAGCUGGUAAUGGGGCUUCAGAAUCUUCAGCUCACCAUAUUACACCUCAAUGUUACUUCUGUUGAACCUAUGGUCUUAUAUUCCUUCAACCUCAAGGUAGAAGAUGACUGUCAGCUGAAUUCAGUGGAUGAAAUUGCAGCCGCCGUUCAUGAAAUUGUGUUGAAGAACCAAGAAGAGGCAGAGAUUUUGCUGAGAUAAUCUUAUUCGAUUGUAUUGUAAUUGUACUUUCUGUUCUU